CCCCGCCUCACAAGCUCGGCCGCAGCGCCCGGGGCUGCGGCAUUUCGCCGUCCCCUCUCCCCACGGACGGGGGCGGAGAGCUCCCCUCAGCGCCGGCAGCGCAAAAUGGCCGCGCAGCCUGAGCGGGCGGCGGGGGCGCGAGCUCCCUCCCGCGCGAGCCGCCCGCACCCUGGCGGCAGUGGGGCCGCGCGCCGCAGCCCGUAACGCGCGCGGGAGCCUCGCGCAGAGGCAGGCGGCCGUUACCGGGGCGGGGCGAGCUGUCGGCCGGCGCUGCCAUGGCAGCUUGGGAGGUUUCCGAAACGUCCUUCAGCCUGAGCGGCGUGAGGGAGCGGAUGCGGGAGAAGAAGAAGGGGCCCCUGAAGAACGCGAAGCUGAGUGCCUCGCUUGCAUCGAAGAUCAAAACCAAAAUCAUCAACAACUCCUCCACUAUUAAAGUCUCUCUGAAGCACAACAAUAAAGCACUGGCCCUGGCCCUCAAUGCAGAGAAAGCCAAUGCACAGCGCCUCACCCAGGAGAAGACCAUCUUGCAGAAGGAAGUGAAGCAGUGCCACUUCCAGAAUGCUGUGCUGCGGCAUAAGCUCUCCUUCCUGAAUAAUGUCUUGAAGGAUCUUGAAAGCUUUGUGUAUGGUGUUAAGAUGGCCUGGCUGUCUGAGUUCCAAACAAGUUCUGCAUCCUUGUCCCAUGGCCAGCAGAGCAGCGUGACUGAAGAUAGCUGGGCCGAUAGUAUUGCAGAUGAUCAACUUAUGAGGGCUCCAGGAAUACCAAUGAGGGUGCCCAUUUCCAAGCUGUGUAAUGCAAGACAGCAAGGUGGCAGCUCCACAGCAGUUCUUACAUCCUCACUAGAUCUUCAGAGACCUGCUUCUAAUGAGCCCCUGGAGGUUGUGCCUGUUGCCUCCAAAGACAUUUUGUCACUGCAGCCUGCUGAGAAGCCUCAGUCUCACCAGGAAGAGAAUGGGAAAAAGCUGACUGGAAUGGAAGCACAAGAGGCUUUUCUUGACUCUUGCGUCUUUGGAGUCUUCCCAACAGAUCCCUCGUGUGCCACCCAACAAAAUCCGAACGAUUUGCCAGCACUUGCCUGGGAAAGUCAUCCUCUUUCAUAUGAGGGCGAUGAGAUGGUGAAAAAUGUCUUUGAUCAUCUAUCACAAGGGCACGUUACUCAGAGGAAAAAGCGAUCCACCCUGUUUGCAACAAGCACUCCAUCUUCUUCUGUUGUGGAUAUCUUCCCACAUGUCAGUUCCACUUGGCCAGCUCAGUGGAGCAUCACAAAGGACAGCAGCAGCUCCAAUAAAAGCAACACACAGCUACAGCUGAAAUCUCCCACUUGCCUGGUUUCACCUACUCAAAACACUGUUAUUCCUGAUAGAAAAUCUUUGGGUGAAGAGAUUUUCUGUGAUCAGUCACAGGCUAAAGGAACUGGGUGCAGUGUUGAAACGGACCGCAGCUAUAACCAAGUCCCUGAGGUUGUUCCUGUAAAGGGUAAAAGCAAAAGUAAUUCUAAAACUGGUGAGAAAACAACUGUUAAAAAAGCAAGCACACGAAAAAAGAAAACAAAUGCAAAUAAAAACAAUGAAGAAAGUAGUUCUGUUAUACCUCAAGGUGAAGAGAGUGCUCAAAGUGCGAAUAAGCUUCUUCAGCCAGAAGUUGCGACAUGUUCUAGUGAGCCUGACUUUUUUGAGAUGAGGAAGAAGGGGGCCAUCGACAGGAAGAACGGAAGCUGUGGUGUGGAGCAACAUUCUCACUCUCCUGAUGAAAUCAAAGAUCUCAGAAGAACAUGUGUGGUGAAUCCAGCACAGCUGCACAGUCCUGGAAGUGGUGACUUACUGCAGCAGGUUAAAAAGGGAGCUGUCUUUGAGAUCCAAAGUAUGGAGAGCUUGUCAAAAAGCCCAGUUACUACCCUCUCAAGUCACGAGGUUUCAGAUUAUUCUAGUCUACAAAAUGCACUUUUCUUGAGGAAAGAGGCCUCAGGUGCCUGUGCUUCACAAGAGGACUUAAGCAUGAGCACAAAGAGCAUCAGACAGAAAGCCAACACAAAAACUACAGUAAUUGGGCAAAGAGAUGACUCUGAGGAGUAUCUGCCAAGAAGCGUGCAAAUACCGGAGGCCAAAGCUGAAGAACGGCCUAAAAAAACCCAGACAAGCAGGAAGAACACUGUCAGGAAAAGCAGUUGUGAUCAGAGGAAAGAAGCUGAUGGGUUUGGGGCAUGUAUAGAUGUUCAAGGAGUAGCUAAGGAGAGCACAAAGGAUUUUCCAGGUGAUCUUAAACGUAGCAGGAAAACUUACGUUGUCCAUCCUUUGGCUCUUCCAGGAGAAUUGGGUUGUGUCCAGACAGAUUGUGAAGGGGGUGAAACUGUAUCUCCCAGGCCUGUUGCUUCGAGCAAAGCUAGCAAAAUCCCCAGAGUUCUGAGGAUGGUAGCUGUUCAGAGGAAUAAAAAACAGACAGGAGGCCUUCAAGAAAAGGGGCAAGGUAAAGUUGACAGUGAUGUGAAUGCUUCGAAAAUAGAGGCCUAUACCCAACCAGAGCCUCAGAGAAAGAGGAACAGUUCUAGACCUCCAGAGACUGAUUCCCUGGCCAGACAAAGUGAUGGUGCCAAGGCACACAUUGGAAGUUCAGUGGAACUUGCAUCCAGGCAAACUGUCCUGAUGGAUAAAUUUUCUUUCAUUAAAGAUCUGCUGUCUGAGCCAGGUGCCCUCCUGGAGAAGAUAGCUGAGAUACCACUUACAAAUAAUCUCAUGGACCUUUCACACAGUCUUGAAUCCACCUCUGUGACCUGUUCUGCAGCUUCACGUCUUGGCUCCAGGCUUACAGAUGUACCGGUUUCCAAGAGCUUAAGUACCAAGGGCAACAGAAUGCCAGAGAAAUCCUCUGUUUUGCCAGCAAGCUCCCCGAUACUUAAAGGAAAGCCUGCAAAGGAAAUACCUGGAGAAAGAAACCAGGUUGAAUCCAGUUUUCAAAGCUCAUCCUCACAGGAACCUGAGAUCAGGCCACUGCAGGACUUGACCAAUGUCAGGACUCUGUCUUCCUGCAGCUCUGAAGAAAUGUCAAGGCGCUUGUCCAAGCGGAGGCGGGAACCAGCCUGCUACAAGGAGCCAAAGCUCAACAGUAAACUGAGGCGGGGCGACCCUUUUACAAACAUGGAGUUCUUCUACUCGCCUCUCAAGAAACCCAAAAAGACAACGACUUGCCAGAUGACCAAGAAGAUCAAAGAGGAAAAAGUAUGGCUUCCUGAAGGAUGUCCCAGUGCCAAGGCAGGCAAGCUAGUAACAACUGCAAGAGACAUGGAGUCAGAAGGAAAAUAGUAGUUGAACAGGCAGCCACCAAGCUCCUAGAUGCUAGUGUGUCUUUACUAGGGUAUUUUUAAUGUUUUGUAUAGCUUAUUUUUAUUUUUAAAUAAUAAACUCCUAUGUGGACAGUAUAAAAA